AUGAGCCUAGGUUCAAUGCUAUGCUUUGGAGUUCCAAGAAGAGGAAAAAAGAAAGUGAAUUUGUUGCAACUGCCAUACUAUCCAUCCGGUGACCCCUGUCUCUCUGUUCACUUUCUCUGCACACCCAAGGUUCGCCUCACCAUCUCCCGCUCUCGCAUCACCGUCGCCGGCGCUGCCUUCAUCGUCGUUGGUUUUCGCGGACAAUCAAUGUUGCAUGCAGCAUCUGCCCCAGGGCAUUGUUUAAGCUAUCCCAGGGACAUUCGUUAUCCUCGUUAUUUGAAAACACCUUCAAUUAAAACAAGUUUCUCUGUUCGUUGUUCGGUAUCACAGACAAGAAAUGGAGCUAAAGUGGAAUAUACUCCUUGGCUCAUUGUUGGCUUGGGUAAUCCUGGAAACAAAUACCAUGGCACUAGGCACAAUGUUGGAUUUGAAAUAAUUGAUAGCAUUUCUCGAGCCGAAGGGAUUAAGAUGAACACAAUACAGUCAAAGGCCUUGAUUGGAAUAGGUUCUAUUGGAGAAGUACCAAUUUUGUUAGCAAAGCCCCAAACAUACAUGAAUUUUAGUGGGGAAUCGGUUGGGCCACUUGCUGCAUAUUAUCAAGUACCCUUGCGUCAUAUUCUACUAGUUUAUGAUGAAACAAGCCUGCCAAAUGGUGUUUUAAGGCUUCAACCAAAAGGCGGACAUGGGCAUCACAAUGGAUUAAAAAAUGUGAUGGGCCAUUUGGAUGGUUGCAGUGCUUUUCCUCGACUUGCAGUCGGAAUUGGCAAUCCUCCCGGAACUAUGGAUUUGAGAGCAUUUCUUCUACAAAAAUUCAGUUCAGUGGAACGAAUGCAGAUUGAUGCUUCGUUGGAGCAAGGAGUUGUAGCUACCGUUGCGAACUCAAAUAUUUUACUCAACAAAGCACUGAAAAGUUCCGAUAAGAACAACAAAAAGCAAAUGACCCUCUCAACGAAGGAACAUCACAACAUGGCAACAGCAGAGCAUUCCAACGUCUCUCUGCAACAACACACAAGCCCCACAGUGGACACCAUCUCUCUCAUCAGUCUCACCUCCGCGCAGAUGCAAGGCUUCUUGAUGAUGGAGUUGGAGCGAGGACCAAGAUACCAAGCAUACGCUGAGCUGAGGGAAAGAAAGCUUCGCAUGAAGUACAUGAGACAGCAAGAAUAUGAAGAAAAGGAAGAGGGUGUGGAAGUGGAGGCAGAAGCAAAGGUUUUAACCCCACCAAGGAAGAAACAAGUUAAGUUUCAAGGUGUAGUUUCUGGGAGAAAAGGGUCCUCUCUUGUGGCACAGUCUGUUCCUGAUUUUUCUGCUGCUUUGAGGAAGGAGAAUCGAAAGCCGGUGAAUAGUAACAUGUUACCUCCAUUGACGGAGUUGACGCCUCCUUCGAAGAGAAUGUGUGGUGUUUUGUCGAGUGCAAGAGGGAGUAAGUCAGCGAAUGCAGGUGAGAAGAGAAGGGGUGGUGGUGGGGUUCUCAUGCCGAGGAAGAGCUAUGCCAGCAUUGAUGAACUCAAGAGUUUGUCAUCUGCUACUGCUAAUGCCAUCAAUGGUGAGAGUAGAGGUGGAGGAAGGAGUAGCAGGGUGAUGACAAGAAAGUCUGUUUUAGGGUACAAACAACACAUUUGA